GGAUGUGGUGGUGGAGAGUGUGUGAGAGUUAGAGAGAGGGAGGGAUAUCCACUGCACUGUUGUGUGACUGGAAAUUUAAUAGAGAGAGAGAGGGAGGGAGGCAGGAAGGCAGCAGGGGAGGGGAGGGGAGAGGAGAGAGAGAGAGAGAGGAAGGAGCGACGCAAUGCAAAAGCACUGAGCGAGAGCUCGUUGUUGUUGGAAUUACAGAGGACUGGGACAGGCUGUGGACGCUGCUAGACCCUCACUGCAGAGCGUGGGGCUGUGGGGGGGUCAAGUGAGCGAGAACAUAUUGUGCAUAAAGUGGAAAAGGGCGGCCAAGGCCAUGCGGAGUGUGCAGUGUGCAAUGUUUAAUAAGAGAGAUACAGGUUGGCCACCCUGUUGCUGCAUCCAGACUGAAUAAGCAGGGGUCAGUCAUUACCUGCUUCUACAUCUAAAUUGUGUGUACGUGUGUGUGUGUGUGUGCGUAUAUGUGUGUGUGAUAGAGCAGAGCUGGAAGGAAGACACGUGUGUGAGGAGUGUGUGUGAGAACACGUGCCUGUGAUGGAGAGCUGGCGUUGAGGAGCAAGGAUGUGAGAAAGAGCGAUCCUCUGAGUCUCGAUAUAGAACGUUAUCAAUCCAGCACUAAUCACCCGUCUGAACGCCCCCCCCCCCCAACACCUCCCUCCCUCUUUCCUUCUGCUAUCUGAUGGACACUCAACCACCCACCCACUCUCUCACAUACGUCCUCACGUUAAUAUCUUGCUGAGAUGAUUGACAACUCAACCCUGAUCACACCUGUAACCUUAACCUAACCUUAAACCUCACCUCACUCCCCCUUCAAUUAUGCACCCCCCCACUCCUCCUCCUCUUAUCCCAUGCAGCCUCUAUACUAAACUGCCCUCACUUGAGAUCAAUCACGUAAUUUCUCUUUUAAAGGAGAAUUUGUAAAACAAACACACAACCUCUCCUCUCUCCUUUACCUUCCUCUCUCUCCCUCCAUCUCAGCAUGUCAAUCAAUACACCUGUAUAGGCACUGUACUGUAUAUAGCCCACCGUAUAUAUGUGAUGGGGAACUGCAAUGGCAGGCAGGACUCCAGUCCAAUGAGGCAGUGCUGUACAGGUGGGGCUCAGCAUUGUGUGUGCUUGAGCGUUGCCAAGGGAACCGGCCAAGCAGCAAAUGUUCCCUGUAACAAGCUGUAAACACCACCAUCAUCAUAUUAUAGAGAUUACAUGACCAUAUGGACACACGUGUGCCUAUGGGAUUUGAAAUACAAAAUAAACUGAAGAUGACAAAAUGAGAAGUUAAAUAUUAAAAUGCAAACACUGUAGAGGGGGUGAAGUGUGGGUUCAUUAUAGCAGCAAUAACAAUAAUGAAAAUAAUUAUAUAAGAUGUCAUUUUUAUUUUGGGGUUAUUAAUAUUUAACCCUUUUGCCAUGGGCUGUCUGCAUGGGGUCUUGUGUGCAACGUGCAAGGUGAUAUGUCUGCAGAUUAUAUUCAUAUUUUUGAAUAAGAAAAUAAAUAUUGCAUUAUAAAUAAAGUUGCGUAUUCAAUGCCCCAGCAUGCAGCAGAAGCAGUGUAACGUCCCCUCGCCGUCGGCCAGUGGUUUCAUCCACCUGAAGAUUUCUGAGACAAUUCUCAUUACCAGCGGUGGCAGCGCAGCACUUGGAAAGGGUGAAUCAAUCUGAGAGAGAGAGAGAGAGAGAGAGAGAGAGGAGAAACAGUGAGGGAGACAGAGGAGAGAGAGAGAGAGAGAGAGAGAGGGAGAGAGGGAGAGAGGAGAAGAAGACAGCGUCGGCGGCGGCUCUGCAGUGGAAUAACGCUGUUUAUUUGAGGAGAAGGUGAGAGAGAGAUCUCGGAGUAGCGAGUUGAGCGGAGACGCGUUCCAGAACUUGACCGCAGCAUCCUAAAAAAUCAAAUAAAGGGUUUACUGAACUGACGCCCCGCUUUGGGAGCUGCAGAGCAGGGCCGCGGACGCCCCGAGCCCCCGCCGACGUGACGGAGACACGCAAGAUGUAACUCCUGGAUUCUUCUCACUUCACAAAAAGCCUCACUCAAAUCCCCAGACAACACGAGAAAAAAAGGGAAUAACAUCUGUUUAUCUGCAUAUUUCUAUGUUCAAAAAACAAGAGGAGAAAACACAGAGAUCGACAGAGGACAAAAGACAUCUCAGAGGAUGCGGAAUUAGAAAGAACAAAUUGCCACUGGAGGACCAAAGGGAAAAUAAACCUCUUCUCGCAAAUCCACCAGCGUGGAGUCACCUCACCUGUACCUUCGGAUUAAAGAGCAGGGUCAUGUCCCAGUUGCCAUGCGCAUCGCCACGCUGACCUGCCUUCCCGGCCCUUCCCCCUUCCUCUUUCUAUUGGCCCAGCUGCUACUGCGGCUCCUCCUCCCUGGGCCGGAGUUGGUGGGAGCCGCCUCCUCCUGCCCCUCCCUCUGCACCUGCUCCAACCAGGCCAGCCGAGUCAUCUGCACCAGGCAAAACCUGGAGGAGGUGCCCGAAAGCAUAUCAGUCAACACAAGAUACCUCAACCUGCAGGAGAACUCGAUACAGGUUAUCAAGUCAGACACUUUCAAGCACUUGAGGCACCUUGAGAUCCUCCAGCUCUCCAAGAAUCAGAUCCGUCAAAUUGAAGUCGGAGCAUUCAAUGGCCUCCCCAACCUCAACACACUGGAGCUCUUCGACAACCGCCUCACACUGGUGCCAUCACAUGCCUUUGAGUACCUCAGCAAGCUGCGGGAGCUGUGGCUGCGCAACAACCCCAUUGAGACUCUGCCGGGCUAUGCCUUCCACCGUGUGCCCUCGCUACGUCGCCUGGACCUCGGUGAGCUCAAGAAGUUGGAUUUCAUCUCUGACGCAGCCUUUGUGGGCCUCAUCAAUCUACGCUACCUGAACCUGGGCAUGUGUGGGCUGAAGGACAUUCCCAAACUGACAGCCCUUGUGCGUUUGGAGGAGUUGGAGCUGUCAGGAAACCGACUGGAGAUCAUCCGACCCGGUUCCUUCCAGGGCCUAGUUUCCCUCCGCAAGCUGUGGCUAAUGCACUCACAGGUGUCCGUUAUUGAGCGUAACGCCUUCGAUGACCUGAAAAGCCUGGAAGAGCUCAACUUGUCCCAUAACUCCCUGCACUCCUUGCCCCAUGACCUUUUCACGCCCCUUCACCAGCUGGAGAGAGUACACCUUAACCACAACCCCUGGAUCUGCAACUGUGAUGUGCUUUGGCUUAGUUGGUGGUUGAAAGAGACGGUGCCCAGCAACACCACCUGCUGUGCCCGCUGCCAUGCUCCCCCAUUCUUAAAGGGCAAGUACAUUGGAGAGCUUGACCAGAGCCACUUCACCUGCUAUGCGCCGGUCAUUGUGGAGCCACCCACAGACCUCAAUGUCACUGAGGGUAUGGCAGCUGAGCUCAAGUGUCGCACAAGCACCUCCACAACAUCUGUCAACUGGAUCACCCCUAACGGCACACUAAUGACCCAUGGCUCUUACCGGGUGCGGAUAUCCGUCCUGCAUGAUGGCACACUCAACUUCACGAAUGUCACCCUCCGUGACACGGGCCAGUAUACCUGCAUGGUCACCAAUGCUGCUGGCAAUACCACGGCGACAGCUGUCCUCAAUGUCACUGCUGCUGAUGCCAGUGUCAACUACACCUACUUUACAACAGUCACAGUGGAAACAGUGGAGACCCUAGUUGAUGGAGAUUCUGCAUUCAAUGCCAUCAAUGAGACAUUCUUCGGUGUUCACCACGGCCCCACGCCCUCGGGCCACAUGGGGCCAGAGGGUGUUCCUACCACACCCUCCUCUCUGUCAGCAGGCUGGUCCUCCCCGUCUCCUCGGGCCACCCGACCCACGUUCACUGUGCCCAUCACUGAGCCAGGCUUCUCAGGCCUGGAUGAUGUGAUGAAGACCACCAAGAUCAUCAUAGGCUGCUUCGUAGCCAUUACCUUCAUGGCAGCUGUGAUGUUGGUGGUGUUCUACAAGCUGAGGAAGCAGCACCAGCUGCAUAAACACCACGGCCCUGCUCGUGCCAUCGAGAUCAUCAAUGUGGAGGAUGAGCUGGGGGCCGGGGCCAGUGGUCGGGGCAGCGGCAUCUCAGGAGGUUCCACGGUGACGCAGAGCGGAAGCAGUGGAAUAGGAGGGGGCCAGAGCCUCAGGCUGCACCACCCAGAAAUAGUCAACCUGCCGAACCUGGCCCGAUCGGAGCACCUCAACCACUACUACAAAACCCAUCACUUCAACAACAACAUGAUGGGCCUGGGUAUGGGCACGGGCUCUGGUAUGGGCCUCAACAACAACAACAACCCCUCGCCUUGCUCCCUGUCUCAGAACACGUCAAUAUCCUGUUCCCAGGUUCCAACCAGUGGAGGAACAAACACAGGUGGCACCCUGCCCUCCCCUGUGCCCCUGCCCCAGUUGGGUCUCCACAGUUCUCUGAAAGGCCUUAUGGGGAAAAGCCAGAAUGAGCCCCUGCUUUUUAAGAGCGGCUCCAAGGAAAAUGUGCAAGAGACUCAAAUUUGAGUAAAAGUGAGAGUGGAAGUAAGCGGUAAGACAAAAGAGAUGCUGGUAGAGACAGUGAGACAGAAAUAGCCUGUGAGACCGAGUAUAUGAGACUGAUUGUAGCUUACUGUCCUCAUGGACAGAUUCCAGAGAAGAUUAUAUUUCACGUAGUCACUGCUUUGUGUUGUCAAUCUGUUGACAGAGAGAAGCAGAUAGGAAGACUGAAGGGGACAGAGUACGAUAUCUGAUCAGCACUGGUCCCACCACUAGCAUCCGCACAUACUUUUCAACUAAACCUGACACAAAGAUAUACGAUGUAAACCACAAACAUCAGAAUCAUUCAGUUUCCUGUGCAGCCUGCUAUAGUCUUUGCCAAAGUCCAAGAUCAAGCCAACUCUUUUCAUUUGCAUCCACAAUCACAGUGGAAAGCUAUGAAUAAUACACAUGUGCAAUGAGCCUCUCUAGGUUUUUCUACAGAUUGCUUCGUAUAUUUCCAGACACAUUCAGUGUAUAUAUUUGGAGGGAGACAUAAUAUUGGCCAUUGAACAUGUUGUCAGAUUAGUGUUUGGCAGAGACUCUGACUAACAAACAAUGGUUUGGGUGAGCGGUACGGUCCCAGGUUUCCAGGAAGCACUAAAACAAAACAGAGAAAGCAAAAUUAGAGCAGUACAGCGAUUCUGUCCAGGACACAUGUAUCAGAGUAGUACUUUGCAGGGAGACAGAACAACAGCUAUUGUUUUUCAAGAGCGGUUUCACUCUCACUUUCUCACUUUUUCCCCUUUUACACCUUACUGGCUACAGGCUUCGUUGAAGGAGGAGAGAAACAGAGUGCGUUAUCAUGGGAGAAGAAAAAUCCCAUGGCAUAUAAAGGACAAUGAGAGAUAUAAAAAGGACCGAAAGUACAUAUUAUAUAUACCGUAAAUAUAUUUUCAUUCAAAGAAAUAAAUUAUAAAGAAUCUUUAUCAAGCUUCUGACUGAAAACAACAACGUCUGAAGAAUAUAUAAAAAAGAAAAAAAAGAAGUACACACAGCCGUUGUAGUGGCUCUCCCUGACAACUUGUCCGAACUUGGAGCAAGAUGGCCGCUCUGACUGUGCUGCAUAAGGACACGUCUAGGAGAGUGGCAUCCGUUGAGAGGGAGCUAAAACAAAAACCUGGCAAAGUGUUUGAGUGAAUUUAUUUUGGUCUCGACUUUUUUGUAGCCACACAAAGUGUUUUCCCUCUCCUGUCGCAUUCACAUAAACAGGGUCAUUGGAGAAGGGAAGUCUUUACACUCCACUGCGAAAAUAUGAAAUACGACUACAGCUCCUCAUCACUUGGUAUACAGUGUAGCUAUAGCAUUAAUAAUAAUGAUCAUACUGGUAAUAAUGAUAACAAGCUUUAGCUUUAUUUGUCAUAAUGGCCAUUUAAUGAAGAACACAUUAAAUGAUCAACACUAUGUUACACUAUUUUACUGUAGAGCAUGCUCUCUAAAAAAAAAAUGAAUUUACAUUUGCUCAACAUCUGGUUUUAACAUAUAUCACAAUGAUGAUAUGACACAUUAUUGUUAUUAUGUUAUCAUUAUUAUCAUUCAUAUGACUAUUAUUAUUACUCCUUGUGCCUACAAAUAGAUGAGAAGUACUUUUUUUUCAUUUGUAUAUGACACUGAAGUUGUUUUGUGACUGAUCCUGUUGGACUUCGGCUAAUGAACGGCAGUGGGACGGACUCAGCGCGCCACUAAGUGAACUCCACAUGCAUCAGCAGGAAAUAACCUGGCCCUCAAAAUGGCUUCCUCUGUCCAGCCCUCACUGACUUGUCUGCUCCGAUGUCUCAAGCAGUCAGGACCCCUCAUGUUAUCACGCAUUAAAGACAGGACAUGAACCUUUGAUGAAGACUGCUCCUUUGCAGGGGAUUAUUUCACAACUGUAUCUCAGUGUUAUCGUGUAUGAGUGGAUUUCAUGGCAGCAGGGAGCUAAAUGGACGCCAGGCAUUGCCAAGCAUUUUUAAAGGUAAGCGAAGCUCGUUCAGUGAAGGAGAAGGUGACAUACAGUACAGUAUACAGUGGUGGGUGGAUUUUUUUCUAAAGAAAAAGGACAAUUAAAUGAAAAAAUAUAGAACCUUAUAGAUCUCUUUUAAAAAAACAAAAUUAUUAUGAUAAGUGUUUUUCAUUUUGGGUUUUUAUCUAGUUUGAUUAUUUUCUGUUUUUUUAAAUCAAGUGAUAUCUUUAUUGUAAUAUUGUUAUUGUUAUUAUAAUUAGCUAAUUACACUGGUUAUAAUUAUGAGAGAUGUUCUGUUAGCAGAGGUCACUUUGAAAAUUAAAAAAACCUGGCACAUAAAAUGGCAGUUGAAGUGUGUGAAAUUUGGUGGCUAUUUUAUUUUAUUUUUCCUUUUUUGUUCUAAUCAACUUUAAUUGUAGUAUCACUGUUUGUAUCCCUUUGGCUCUGCUUGAGAUGAGACAUAGCGAAUGUGAAAUGGUCAGCACUGGGUCCUUUUUUUCUGCACAGGGGGACAGGAAAGGCCCUGCUCUGGUUUACAAGCUCACUCACACUCGCUCUGUGCUUUCCUGAAUGUCAUCGCCAUCACAGUGUUCAGAGUGCGAUUGCGCUAUGUCAACACCUCGUUGCCAUGACUACACACUCAGACAAAUGCGCCAAACGGCGUCACCAUCAGCGCCUCGUAAGGCACCCCGUUGCCCCUUGUCAGUCACGUUCCUUUUAGGUGCCAUAUCUCGACGAGCCGGCCAGUGUUCCUUCAAUGGUAGCAAAUCACCCUGAGCAUUGUGCCCAUGUCCUCACAUAAAACUACCCCCCCACCCCCCGCCCAACCCUCAGCAUCCUGCCAUCAGGUUUCCCUGGCAACUGUUGCUGCUGCGACAGCCCUUAUCACAGCGUCUUGAUUUUGGUUUCGAAUGCUAAACAGACAGGAGCAGACAGUAUAGAAUUUCAUCCGUGUGUACACGAACAUCCAUCGCAAAGAUCUUUUCCUUGUUUCCUCGUUAAUGUAUUUGAUUUGUUUACACCAGCAACUGUAUUUCUUACACCACUGACUUUCUGUCAGUGAAUCGUGCAAUUAACAUGCCACCAUCCCCUAUGCAUUUAAUUUGCAUAGGCUCCACACCAUUGCUAAACACUUUAUGCACCCUACACUUGUGAUUAACACUCAUACCCUGCAUCAGUCAUUAACAUAUUCCUUUCCCAGCACAAGGGAUCCAUAUUCCCCUCACAAGUUAUUUACAUAUUCAUCUGCCUCUGUGUGUGCAAAUAACGGAGAAAUUAUCAUGUGGGCAUGCUAGUGGGUAUGACAGCGGUGUGUGUGUGUGUGUGUGUGUGUGUGUGUUGGUUUUGUGUAUAUCAGUGGCUGAAAGCAAGGACUGUUACAAAAAGCUAUUUCCCCCUAAUUCCUCAGAUACUGUGUGCCCUGCCUAUCGCCUGUAGUAGCUCAUCACUUUGGAAAAGCAUUGUGUAGCCCCUAUAGCUCCUGUGAAGUGGCACAAACCAGAGGCCAUGUUAUUGAGGCUCGGUGGUAGAGGGAGCAGCGGUUGAGCCGGAGACACACAGUCACAGUGCUGCAGUGUCUGAGUCACAGAGCACUGAACACACUCCCAACACUCUAAUGGAAAUGCUGUGUUUACUGUGCAGGAAGGGACCCGUUCAUUCACCCAUUCAGGGAAUAGGUGAAAAACACCAGAAUAUGUGUGUGUGUGUGUUUGUGUGUGUGUGCAGCUCUGGAUUAUGAAAUGCCUGUUGUACUGUUGUAUAAGGCAAAGAAAUCAGGACAUUUGAAGCGCUACGCUGUUUAUGGCAAAAGAUGUUACACCAUUGUUGAUGCAAUACUGCUCAGUGUGUGUGUGUGUGUGUGUGUGUGUGCGUGCACAUGUGUGUGCGUGUUCAGGUGGGCUUACGCUAGCUAGGUUGUGUAAGGAGGGGAAGAGGGAGGAGGGGCGGUCAGACCUCCAUUUUAAAUCCCCAGUUUAAACCAGCUCUGUCUGUCUCCCUCUGCUUCAGGCUACUUUUAUGAUCCUCUCACUGACACUUAAAGUAAAAACAGGAUUUUUUUUCUUCACUUAAGCAGCUCCCCCCUCCUCUCUCUCUCUCUCUCUCUCUCUCUCCCUCUCUCUCUCUCUCUCUCUCUCUCUCCAUCUCUCUCUCUCUCUGCAUAUUGGGAUAAACAACCCAACUGAUGAAAGGUCUGUUCAAUCAGGCCAACCUCUCCUUUCAAGAGAACAUCCCCAGCCUCUUAGCUCUUUGUCAAUCUGCCACAACAAAUAGAGGGUCAAGGGUCAAGUCUAGUGGCAGCUUCUGUUUGUACAUCCUCAGCUAAUCAAGGUUAGCGUUCCCAUUUCGAAUUGUGCCAUUUGUUUUUAUUGUUUUGCCCUGGCUCAGCUAUAUACGACAGUAACACCUGUUGGUGAAGCUUAAGUGAUUUUUAAUGUGCAUUUUCAGUGGCUGUAUUUAUGGUUAAUCACCUUGACAGUGAUGUGACUUUUAGUCAUAAUCAUAACGAUGCACAUGAAAUGAUUUUCUGCUGCUGCUCUCUUAUGGCGCGUGAGGUUUGUGUUAGCACAGAUACGAGGGCCAUCCAGGUUCAGUCUGCUGCUCAUCGUGGCCACACUUGCGCCGAUCCCUGGGGGCGGUGUCGCACACAUGUUGACCUCGGCGCUACGGGCCCUUUGUGAGCUCCACGCGGCUUAAUUUCUUUUCUGUCACCCCCCCUUUUAAAAAUAGCAGUGAAGCGACAGCAGAACUCAAUGCAUUAUUGAUACGCAUGGUGUCAAUGAUGCAUGUGCUUAGGCACCAGUGCUAAUUUUCUCCCCAUUGCAGGGGCCAAGAGCAUCAAACCGCUGUAAUUUAUAUGCGUCGUUAUUGCUAUUAUUUUUCACACGGCCAUCAAGACGGUCCGUGAGAGCGGAGCCAAACGUUGCAGCUUGUCUCCUCACAUGAUGGCUGCUGUGAUUCUGUUAAGUGCAGCAGUGUUUUGUGUGCCACUGUGUCACCGAGCCCCCACCACCACCCAGCAGCAGCCCUGUCUUACUAUUCACUGUGCCUCUGCUGUCAGGGGCUGGUUUCAUCACCAUCACGCUGGUCUAAAGGCCGAUUUGAUGGCACCAGUUUUCAGAUGCCCGGGUCAUUCUGUUAUGGGAGGAAGAAGAGCUUUUUUUGUGUUUUUGUCACUGUAAUGUUGCUUCUGCUGGGACUUGAGAUGUGCACAGACAUUUUUCUGUGUCAUCACUGUGAAAACCCUGCCCUGAAGCCACUUAUCAAAGCUUACUACACACACAAGCACGUGCACAUGUAAGAACCACACACACUCCGACACUGACUGACUGAGUGAUUUAUUGAUUGAGGUGGGGCUUUCUUAAACAAUUUGCAGCUGAGUGCAGUGGAGGUUAACACAAACCUCUCAACCGCACUGCCAUUGUGCUUCAGUUUUACGCGUGUGUGCUUUAUAUCCUGUGAAGGUGUCCUUAAUUUGAGAAUGGCCAGGACAUUAGCACAUGGCUUAUUUCCUUGUUGCCUUGGUAACCGUGUCGUUGGUCACAAGAUGUCCGUUUUGGUCGUCUUGCGAGCUUUGAGCUAUACGUGGUGUCGGAGGGGGCUUGUCAGUGUGUGUGGGCCGUGACGUGAGAGUGAUGAGUGGUGUCUCAUCCCAGAUGACUAUCUCCUCUGUGUCACUCAGCUGUGGGUCAGCGGCCUGUGAGCUGCUGCUCAGAAGAAAACUGAGAAAAAUCCACACAGUCAUUGAAAUAGUAAAAUGGGACACGCUCACAGCCCAUGUAAUUGUAAAGUACCGAUUAAUGGGAAUAGUAAAGCCGGAGCGCAGCUUAACACAGAGCUUCUCAUGAAUGCUUUAUAAAGGAGGAUAUCAGUGUCGUCAUGUGAAAACCUUGUAACUGAUUACAUUUUUAUGUUUGCACUGAGAAAACUCUACAGCCCGUGGUGCCGUUGAAUCCCUCUCAGAACUCUGUGGGGUAAACUGAACAAAAUGGCGCGGCAGGUUCAAAAGAAGGCUGUUGUUCUUAGGUCCUGAAAAGCUGGCAUUUGGGGGCGAUGCAAGGUUUUCACCCGACAGCGACCAUAUUGCGCUUUCAAACACAGAUUCGUGUUUUGAGAACAAUCUGGGUUGUCGCGGCUCGUGUUGGGAGUUGGAAAACAUUCUUCUGGAGCAACUUCAUGCCCUGAAGCGCUGUGGAAAACUCCCCUUCAGUUGUGUGAUGUGUGCGGACCCGGGGACUUGUGUUGGAAUGUCCUGAACCAUUCGUAACUAUUAAAGGAUGUGCUGACCCAGCAGCUGCGCUCCUCUCAGAGGACAAGCUCACUGUAAAGUUUCCAAACGCUCAUUCCACCCAAUCCACAGAAGCCCGGCUCCCAGAUUAACUGUUUAUGGGCACCUUGGCUCGGCAUCAUAAUCACACUCUGCUGUGUCUGAUGUUUGUUUGAAGCUGGGCGGGGGCCAUAGAGUACAUCUCAGUGCUUUGAAGUGUAAAUUCAGGUCUGGUUGGAGCAUCGUAUGGAGGGCAGCGAGGAAAUAGCGACAGCCAUAUGGAUAUAAGCUGGUGGUUUGAUAAUAGAGCUGUUUACUGAGGUGGCAGGGAGGACGUGAGGUCAAACCCUGACCGGACGUCAGCAGCGAGGGUCAGAAGUUGUCUGGGCUCAGAGAGGUGAAAUCAGCCCUGACCUAGAUAGGCCUCCCUUGCUGAGCUUUGAAUCAGACCUUCAACAUCCUCCCAGUAAAGGAAGUUUUAAAAAAGCAGGAAACAGUUGUAAACAGUCAUCAAUAUGAAAUAAACUUUUACUGGGAGAUAUUGAUUUUUCUUUACCCUUUUUUGUCUCCACCCCCACAUGUCAGCUAGUGAGGCAUGCUGCUUUUUCUCAUCGGUGCUGAUUUAUUUAUCCCGUCUGGCCCUUAGUACCCUCAUUUCAUGUCUGCUCUCAUUUCUGCUCCCAGUCUAUGUGACACCGACCUCACAAGUUAUAUUUUUACCCCUGAUGCUCAUGAACGGCUAUGAGCGACGUUCAGCAGGCGUGACAACAGCCUCCGUGUUUCUGUGCAUCCCGUCAUGGCUGUGCCACGUUUACCAGGCUCGGCCGGCAGUAGACGCCCGCUUACCACGCAACAGCUUCAGUCGCCUCGGGCCUCCCCACCCUCUGAGCCCAAAGGAAAUAGAGUGACAAGGGAGGACAGGACAGACAGAAAUAGAGAAAGAGAAAGGAGAGAUAGAUUGAAAAGAGACGAGGAUGACAGGAGGAAUGAAAGAUGACACAUUCUGUCACUCCAUAUCUAUGUAGGUUUUAGAGUGUGUUUGCAUGUGUGUGCAUGAAUGCAAUAUGUCACACACAUACACACAGAGGCCCCAGCUCUGCGUGCUCAGUGUGUGUUUGUGUAAUGUCUGCAUGAGUGGUAUAAAGAUGCAUAUUUAUGCAUACGUCCGAGUGGGUUGCGUGCGUACUUGUGUGCACUCGAAUGCGCACGGUGUCCGUGUUUGUGUAUCUGUGUGCGGCAGAGAUAAAGACAUGAAGGAGGAAGGGCCGCCGUGGUACUUAUAUGUCACCCAGCGCUGGAGGGGAAAUGACUCCUCUCUGUCCCCGACCCAUGGGAGGCAGAGGAGGAGCACAGCUGACUUCUCCUGCUUCUCUGCCUUUUUCUCACCCUCUCCUUCAGAAAUGUAGCUAAAGCCUCAGUCACGGCCUCUCCCUCUCUUUUUGACUCACACACACACACACACAUGCUCGUAUGCUCGCUCGCUCACGGGAGUACGUCUCGCAUUAUCCCCCUUUCCUCCUCUUGUGCUUCUCAUCCCCUUAACCCUCCUGUUCCCCUCCUCCGCUCUUCUCUAUCUACCUCAUGCUUCCUGUUUCACCCCUCCCACCUUCUUCUUCUGCCAUUUUUCAACCCCCUGCAGCUAGAUGUCAACUUGUGAUUCUGUAUUAACCCCUUGAUCCACACAAACACACGCACACACUCUCCCACGCUCCCGUUAGCCCCCUGCACCACUCCAAUCCCCUCUCAGGAAAAUGGAAAACAAACCCAGCAACAAACCAAGGCUUCUGAUAUUUCCUUCCCUCUGUUCAAUUAAACAUGGCCUCCAUCUGCUUCUUUGUUUCGCUUCGGCUUUUCUUCUGCAAUAUUGACUAUGGUUGUUCUUGUGAUUGUUUCUUAAGACUGUGUUUUAACCUGUUAUAACCACAGAUGUACGUAUUAACACUGGAGGAACAUGUCACGGGUGUGUGUAUGUGUGUGUGUGUGUGUGUGUGUGUGUAUGCGUGGAGGAGGGUGGAUUUGUUCUGCUUCAAGGUUCUGUGCCAAAUCUUUUUCAGAACAUUCAAUCUCUGUUCAUGUGCCAUACUGAGAAAUUUAUGAAAUAAAAAUAACGUUUUUUCACAAAAUUCAAA